AUGGCUUCUUGUCCUUCUUCUGCCAAACUUACCCUGAAAUUGCUUAUCGACACUAAGAAUGAGAAAGUCUUAUUCGCUGAAACAUCAAAAGAGGUCAUAGACUUCCUCUUUAACUUGCUGUGCUUGCCUCUGGGCACUGUCAUAAGGCUUCUCAACAAAACUGGUAUGGUUGGUUGCUUGGCCAAUCUCUAUCAAAGUGUUGAAAAUAUGAGUGACACUUACAUGCAACAAAACCAUCAAAAGGAUGUCCUCUUGAAGCCAAAAGUUCCCUUUUCGUCACACCAAGUCACUUCCCUUCUCUCUCCCGAUGGUAAGUCUGAUGGUGACAAUUUGGACGCUUCGUUCUAUACGUGUCAAAAUCGUUGUGGUUACAAAAUUGCAGAAGAUGAUUUACCCAACAAGAAUGGAUUUGUGCAAGCAGUUGUGACUUAUAUGGUGUUGGAUGAUUUAGUGAUUGAAUCCAUGUCAACCAUAUCAACCAUUACAUUACUCAACAAGUUGAAUGUCAAAGAAGUUGGUGCCCUACAAGAAAAGGUGGUUGAGUUGGGAAUGACCGAGGGUGUCAAUCUGCUCAAAGCUUCUCUGGAAUCCAAUGCUGUUCUCACCAGUGUUUUUCUCAAAAGCAAUGAAGAAACCUUGAUUAAAAUUCCAAAUUCAAAUGUGGCAUCUUCUUCCACCAAAUUGACUCUGAAGUUGCUUAUUGACUCAAAAGGUGAGAAAGUUCUGUUCGCAGAAGCAUCAAAGCUUGUGGUAGAUUUUCUCUUUAACUUGCUUUGUUUGCCUCUCAAUACAUGCAACAAGAAUUACAUGGUUGGUUGCUUAGGUAAUCUCUAUCAAAGUGUUGAAAAUCUGGAUCAAUCUUACAUGCAACCAGACCAACAUAAGGAUCUUCUCCUGAAACCAAUAGCACACAUCUCUUCGCCACAAAUAUCAGGUCUUCUUCCUUCAAAUGAUGAUAAUUCUAGCAAAAACUUGGGAACCACAAAAUUUUACAGGUGCUCAAAUCACAGUAGUCACAAGAGUUGGUUUGUGAAAGAGGUUGUGACUUACAUGGUGAUGGAUGAUUUAGUGAUUAAACCCAUGCCAACCAUAUCAACCAUUAUAUUACUCAGCAAGUUGAAUGUCAAAGAAGUUAGGGACUUGAAAGAAAAAGUUGUUGACUUGGAGAUGGCUCAGAUAUAUGUAUAUGAUGUCUUCCCUGCAAGGUUUGAGUCUGCUAAAGGCUUCUCUGCAGUCGAAGAAGGUGUUGACAAUAGUAAAGAAAGAAAAGAAAGCAAAGGAGAAGAAAAAGAAUCGAAGAAGGGUCGUAAACAUAAAAGGAAGAAAUUGUACCUCUUUUUUGACCGAGUCAAACCACGCGCCGCCACCUCACAUGUCACAACCUCCUCGACGGCGUUCAAUACGUCGUCGUUUCUUCGACAGAAGAGAGAAAGGAGCUCGCGCUCUGAAUUCGGGUGCGAUCUGUUUUCCAAUUCUUCGUCAAGGAGAGUUAGUUGGUGGUGUUGCUGUCAUAGAUACGAUGGUUUCUCGGGGCUGUUCGGAUGGUCCCCACCGCACAUACAGCCUCUCACGCCUGUAUCCGAGGUGUCGGAGCCGCCGGAGUCGCCGUCGCCGUACCUCGACCUUGACGCCGAGACCUCCGCGUCGCAGCCGAUGGAAGUCGAGGAGGAGGCUGAGGAAAUUGAGCCGCCGCCCGCCGCCGUUCCUUUCUCCCGCCUCUUCGCCUGCUCCGACCGCCUCGACUGGUUUCUCAUCUCGGCUCCCUCGCCGCCGCCGCCGUGCACGGUACCGCUCUCGUCGUUUACUUGCACUACUUCGCCAAGGUUCUUGGGUUCCUCAACAGGGUUUGCCGGAAGAGCAGUUUCAGAGCUUGCUUUAACCAUUGUUUAUAUUGCUGGUGGAGUUUUUGCUGCCGGUUGGGUUGAGGUUUCAUGUUGGAUUCUAAUUGGAGAACGGCAGACUGCUGUGAUCAGAUCAAAUUAUGUCCAAUCUGCCCUUAGUGAAAAGGUGCGUGGUGCUCUUGUUGUUGGGAAUUAUAUUCAUAAUAUGGCAACAUUCUUCAGUGGUCUUGUUAUUGCUUUUAUCAAUUGUUGGCAGAUUGCAUUGAUAACAUUAGCUACAGGCCCAUUUAUUGUUGCUGCACGAGGAAUAUGGAAUAUAUUCCUCCACAGGCUUGCCGAGAAUAUUCAAGAUGCAUAUGCUGAAGCAGCCAGCAUUGCUGAACAGAUGAUCUCAGUUUCAGAAUUAAGCAUUCCAAGUAAAUACUGUAGGUUGGGUCCUGGGGUUUGUCCAAAGGCUGUUGCAGAAGGUUUCAGGUGUAUUUUCAGUAACCAAGGUGUAUGGUAUCUUAACCAUCUAAAUGUACCUUGGGAAGUUGUCUAUUCUGCUGAACCACUAGAAGGAAUUCACAAAGCUUCUGAGCAAAAACUUGUUCUUGGAGGAGAAGUCUGUACGUGGGGCGAAACAGCUGAUACUUCAGACAUUCAGCAAACACUAUGGCCUCGCGCAGCAGCAGCAGCAGAAAGCUUGUGGAGUCCUAGAGAUUAUACUUCAGGACAUGCUAGCGAAAUUGCCUUGCAAAGGAUGCAAUACUUCAGAUGUCUCUUGAAUAGACGUGGGGUUCCAGCUGCUCCUGUCACAAAUUAUAAUGCUAUGACUGUUCCUAUUGGUCCAGGCUCAUGCUUUGUUCGGUAA